AUGUUUAAUGAUGCUGUUUGCGUUGAUGAUGCAUGGAAAAAAUAUGGUUAUUGGUGGAAAUCAAUAACAGUUUUACAUGGUGUAAAUGUUAAUGUUCCAACAGGAAGCAUAUAUGGUUUAUUAGGUCCAUCAGGAUGUGGAAAAACAACACUUUUACGAUGUAUUGUUGGACGUUUAGAAUUAAAUAAAGGUGAAAUAAUUGUUUUUGGUAAAAGACCAGGUACAUAUGAACAUAAAAUUCCUGGUCGAGAUGUUGGUUAUAUGCCACAAGAAACAGCACUUUAUAAAAAUUUUUCAAUAUCAGAAAUGCUUCAUCACUUUGGUCGUCUUCAUAAUAUGAAACGAAGAGAUAUUUUAUCUCGAGAAGAAUUUCUUAUUUCAUUUCUUGAUUUACCUUCAAAAACAAAGCGAGUUUCACAAUUAAGUGGUGGUCAACAACGUCGUGUUUCAUUAGCAUGUGCUCUUCUUCAACAACCAAAACUAUUAAUACUUGAUGAACCAACUGUUGGAGUUGAUCCAUUACUUCGAGAAAAAAUUUGGCACCAUCUUAUAUAUUUAUCAGAAACAAGUAAAACAACAAUAAUGAUAACAACUCAUUAUAUUGAAGAAGCAAGAAAAGCUAAUCGAGUUGGACUUAUGAGAAGUGGAAGAAUAUUAGCUGAAGAUGAACCAAAUAAUCUUUUACAUCAUUAUAAUGAAAUUAGUUUAGAAAAUGUUUUUCUUCGAUUAUGUUAUGAAGAUCAAAAUCGUAUUCAACAACAAACAUCAAUGAAUAAUAUCGAUGGUGAUCGCGAUACCGAUGUAUCCAAUAGUAUUGAUGAUCAAUAUAUAGAUUCAACUUAUGUUGCUGAUACAACUGUUCAAAGUCUUCUGGGAACAGUUAACAGGAAAAAAACCUCACGAAAAAAUUUUAUUGAUUAUUUUAAAUUUCCUCAUAUACAUAAAAUUUAUGCAUUAAUAAUGAAAGAUUUAAUAUUAAUUAAACGAAAUCUUAGUUUGUUGAUAUUUCAAUUUCUAAUUCCUGUUAUUCAAAUUUCACUUUUUUGUCUUUGUGAUGCUGAACAUAUUUCAAUGGCUCUUUAUAAUGGUGAAUCAAUACAUGGAUUUCAAACAGGAAAUUUAAGUUUACAAAUUUUAAAUAAAAUAAAUCCUCAACAAAUUGAUAUUACAUCAUUUAAUGAUUUUAAUAAAGCAAUGGAUCUUGUUAAACAAGGACAAUAUUGGGGUCUAAUUGCCAUUCAAGAGAAUUUUACACAAGCAAUUAAAAAUAAAUUAAUAGAUUUUCAGACAGAUCCAACUACUCGAAAUGAAUCAUCACUUCAUCUUUAUCUUGACAUGACGAAUCAACAAGUAUUAUUAACAAUGCAAGAUGCUCUAAUGAGUAGUACAGAAUUAUUUUUAAAAGAAACAUUAUCCAAUCUAGGAAUUGAUCCAUCUAUAGUUGAUCCACCAAUUAUAAUAGAAAAUCCUGUUUAUGGAAGUCUUACUCCUAAAUUUAUAAACUUUGCUGAACCAGGAAUGAUGAAAAAAGAAGGUCUUUUAGAACAUUGUUGGAUUGCCGGUGUUACAACAAUUGAAAUUAUGUUUGCACAUAUAAUUGUUAAAUUUUUUAUACAAAUUAUUCAAAUUAUAUUAUUACUUGUUUUUAUUGAUUAUAUAUUUAAAAUUGAAAUUAAAGGUUCAAUUUUCUUAGCAGCAGGAAUCAUUUUUCUUCAAGGAAUUUGCGGUAUGAGUUAUGGUCUUCUAAUAUCUUCCAUGUGUGAUGAAGAAAUGGAAGCAAUGCAAGUGGCACUUGGAAGUAUUUUCCCUGUAUUAAUUUGUUCAGGUAUAAUGUGGCCACUCGAAGGUAUGCCAUCAUUAAUGCGAUUUAUAAGUAAUUUUACUCCAUUAACACAUACUGUCGAAGCAAUGCGAUGUAUUGCUACGAGAAGUUGGUCAUUUACACAUUUUAAAGUAUGGUUUGGUUUUGUCAACGCUAGUUCAUGGAGUUUAGGAUUUUUUAUCAUAGCUGCUAUUAUAUUUGCUCUUAGAAAAUAA